UCCAAAACUACUUCUACCUUUAACUUUAUACACAUUGUUAAUUGUUGAGUCUAAGCACAAUGGGUCGCUCCCCAUGUUGUGAUGAGAAUGGUUUGAAGAAAGGUCCAUGGACACCAGAGGAAGAUCAAAAGCUGACUGAUUAUAUUAACAGUCAUGGCCAUGGAAGUUGGAGAUCGCUACCUAAGCUCGCUGGCUUGAAUAGGUGCGGAAAGAGUUGCAGAUUAAGGUGGACAAAUUACCUGAGGCCUGAUAUUAAGAGAGGGAGGUUCUCUGAAGACGAAGAGCGAACGAUCAUCAGCCUUCACUCGGUUCUUGGAAACAAGUGGUCUAGGAUUGCAACCCAACUUCCAGGGAGGACUGACAAUGAAAUCAAGAACUAUUGGAACACCCACUUAAGAAAGAAGCUUCUUCAAAUGGGUAUUGACCCAACCACCCACAAGCCAAGAACUGAUCUCAAUCACCUUAUGAAUCUCUCUCAGUUACUUGGUGCUGCAAGCUUUGGCAAUUUAUUGAGUCCUUGGAAUAGUGCUUUGGGUCUACAAGCAGAUGCCUCUCAACUAGCUAGAAUCCAACUACUGAAAAAUAUGUUGCAGGUUAUAAACACAAGCACACUUCUUAACAUGGACAACAUUGGUCUGUUACAAAACCAAAAUCUUAAUCCAUUUGAAGGACUUGUCAAUAGUACAAGCACACUCUACCAAAAGGAGCCCUUACUUAUGGGUCAAGAAUAUCUGAACCAGGGAGUGAUCCCUCAAGCUCCUAGUAAUUCCCAGGGAAUUAUCAAUUCAUCGUCAGGAUUUGAAGGUCAGUUUAACAUGGAAGAUUUUCUUGGUUCCAACAACAGUACUAGUAGCUUGAGCAGUUCAGCAUGUGAGAACCAAACAGAGAACCCAAUGCCUGCAUUGGUUUCAGGCUCUCCUGGGACUUACACUGUCAACCAAGUGGAAAGCAAGACUGACCCAAAUCAGUUCUUAACUCAAUCAUCUACCACUACUAGCUUUGAAGUUUGGGAGAAACUCAAGGAUGAUGAAACAAGUGACUUUUAUUGGAAAGAUAUAUUGGAGUUAACACCGUCAUCACCAUCGCCAAUGUCGUGGUAGAGCAACUACUUUUUUUCUUGAAGAAGUAUCAAUCUAUGAGUUUUACAUAGGAAAUAUAUUGGUUCAUUUGAUUCAUGAUUAUUCUUGUAUUUUAGUUUUUUUUUUUUUUUUUUUUUUAAUAAUUUAUCACUAUACUGAGGCAGCUAGUGUCAAGCUACCCCUACACACGUACAGUUUUCAUGUAAACCUCUUCAUUACGAAUUGUUCAUUGUAUUGAAUCC